GCGAGGUUUCUGCGUCAUCGUAAAGAUAAGUACGGUUCACAAAUUGUCGGACAUUUCUACAAAAUUUGUCUGCCAAAAUGAGCGACGAAGCGCCAGUUGUUUACGAAAAUGAUACCGCUAAUGGAGCUAGCGAUGGACCUAAACAGGAAUUUGAAUUAUAUAUUAAGGCUUCAGCUAUUGAUAAGGAAACAAGAGGAUCCUGUCCAAUAUGCCAUCAGUGGUUCAUGAUUUCUUAUUUAAUGGCUGAAAACCAGGAAGGUGUCAAUUUCAAAGUUUUCACAGUGCAAGCGGAUUGUCCUCCUAAAAACUUCCUUGAAGAAGGCUGGAGUAAAAAAUUCCCUGUGGUCAAGGCACGAUCAUGCUUCACAAAACUUGGAAAAGACAUUUCAGGAAUGAUGUACGAUACAUUUGAAGAAUUAGAAACAUUCUUUGAAAGCAUAAACCGAGAUUGUCCAGAAUUGAAACGUCAUAAUGCACCAAAUGUUGGGGCCAUGAAAUGUAUAGAAGAUUUAUACAAUGCUUUUAAUAAAUUCUUGUCAGGCAAAAGUGAAAGCUUACUCAUUACUGAAUUGAAAAAAUUAGAAGAAUUUUUAGAAUCACAUGAAUCCAAGUUUUUAGUAGAUGAUGUCCUGUCAUUUUCUGACUGUCAUUUGUUACCCAGAUUACAGCACAUCAGAGUUGCUGGCAAGGCUUAUAAAGAUUUUGAUAUUCCCAAAGAGUUCCCUCUUGUUUGGAAAUACCUAGCAGAUGCAUAUGAAGUACCAGCAUUCAAAUCGACCUUGCCAUCAGACCAGGAUAUUAUCUAUGGGUAUGAGAAGAAAGUGACCGGUGCUCCUGUGCGUGGAAAGGGACCUAAGCCUACCUUAGAGAAAUUUACCUACACAACAACUGUGCCACAAGAGUACCUUGACAAUGGAACAAAUCAUAAUUCCCAUGAUGAUAUGGAAUAGAUUAGCUUCUUGUGACACUCUAGCUUAUAAAAGAUUUUAUAUAAAUUGACUUUGCAAUGAAAACACAUCAAGUUUAUUAACUAAUACAUGUAAUUGUUGGGGGACCAAAAGAAAACUUUUUUCCUGCCGAAAAACAUAAUGUGAUUUAAUACCAAUAUGAUUUAGGGGUAGCUGGAAGUCAAUGUAUUUUCUACCACAAUGAAGGUUGUCUUGAUUUGGACAAUUUAGUGUGGAGGUCACUUGAGAAAUUUGCAUACACCAACCUGUUUUUAGUUGUUCUCCAUGUUAUGUUACAUGUAUUUCCAUUGAGGAGUAAUUUCCAACCAGAAAGUGUUUUUAAUUUAGUGCAAAGCUGAUGAUUUUACUGCUUUUGUAACCUAAUGCUGCAGUGGUGAAGAAAAAUAUUUGCAGUGACGUGGCACGAAUCAACUGGCUUCCAUGUGGAUUACAAGAUGAGGAUUUUCUUUUCUAAUAUAUUGUGGACCAAAGCUUUUCAGAGCAUAUCUUCAUUAUUUGGAGUAUAAUUUCGAUUCGAUUUUAAUCUGCUUAUUUUGAAUAUUUGAGGAGAUGUCUUAUUUGUUGUUCUGAAAAGAAAAUUCUUGUAUUUGUAUCCUGUCCAGCAAGAAUUAUUUAGGAUCAAAACUAGUAUAUGAGGUUAUGAUCGAUAUUUUUUUUGUCUUUGUUAUAUUAUUUUUGAACAAAUUUAUGUGGUUGUAGGCGUUAUAAUUUUGUUGAAUUAAAGAAUUACUUUUAGAUCAAAAUAAGUCAUGGGACUGAGAUUCAUGAACUUCUGAACCUUUGGCAACUAAAAAUAUUACAAAAAUUGGCAAGAAAAAUCUUCAAGAUUUCAGUAGCCCCAUUCCAAAAGAAAAUACUAGAUUUAGAUUUCAACUGAUUUUCUGUCAGAAAUCCUGAUCAUUCCAUUUUAUAUAAAAAAAUCUAGUCCUGAAAUAAAUAUUGCAGUUGAUACUAAAACAUCUGGAGUUAUUUUGUACCACAGUCUCAGAAAUUGUAAUAUUUCCAAAAGGUAAUAAAAUAAUAAUUUUGUUUAUUAAAGAUUAUAUUAUUAUAUUUUGUACAUUAGAUUUCUUUUUUCUCUAACAUCACUUCCACAAAGUCAAAUAGAUACCAUUAAAAUUGUUGGAUCGUUCCUUGGACCUGCAUUGAUGUGUAAAUAUUUCAAACAAAUAACCUGGCUCACAAAUUUAUGAGAUGUUCUGUUCACAAAUUAAGCAAGCAAAAUAAACUUUCUUGGCCUGAACUGUUCUCAUUUAGUAGUUUGGGUCAUUAUGCAGAAUAAAAUUACAGGGUUUGGGUAAUAUUUGAAUAAGGAAAGUUAAAGAAAUUUAAUUGUUAGAGAAUAUUGAGAUGUUUAUAGAAUUUGUAUAAUAUUAUGUAUCUAAGAUUAUGUAGUAUAUUAUUAGACCUAGAUUUCUAGAAUUAUAAGCCAGGAGAAUUCUUUUUAAUUUUAUGUUUUUGUUUUACCAAAUUAUGACAUAGUUAAUUUAAUGAAGGAUAAUAUAAUAUCAAGAUUUGGCUCCUGCAUUUAUCAUUGGAAAUAAAUAUAAUUCAUAUUUUGAAGUAUGUGAUCUCCUGUCAGCUAUCAAGUGAUGGCUAGGCCACAUAAAUAUAUAAAGAUUUUCUUAACAAAUGCAUUCAGAGAAUUCUAUAUGAAAUAUCAUUGCUAAACUGUAAGAAAAUGGCAACAAUAGCUUCCUAAACCCGAUGGCUAUGUUUCACUUUUGGUUAAGGUUGGGUUGUUGGAUAAUGAAUAUGAGAGUGCCUUAAUAUAGCGCAACCAAGAUGGCUGUUAAAACUGCACCAAUAUCUUUUCAAUUCAAGCUGCUAUGUUUUGAAUGUCAUGCGUUCACUUUUUUGAUGGCUCAGUGGGUAACUACAAAUAGAAUACAAGUAAAUUUCAGUAGCCAAUCCCUUGGCUGUGCUUUAGACAAGCCACAUACGAGUAGCUUUUAUAUUUGCUUGGAUUGUAUCAAGCUUGACACAAAACCAUUGAAUUUAAAGUGAUCUAAGUUGGUGUAAUGUAAAUUCUUUGCUUCAACAUUUUGCUUCAUAAUAACUUGAUUAGAAACUAGUUAUUGCCUGUUAUUGUUUCUUUAUAACUAUACAUGUAUCUUCAUGUAACCAUUGAAUAAACUCUGUUAAAACUUUCUAAUUGCAA